UAGUCUGUGAAGGGAACCUGGGAGACCGGAGGAAUAGGAGCUGGCGGCGGCAGGAGAUCAGCGGCUCCCGCGUUCGUCCGACGCUCAACUAUAGCUGCUUCCAGGCAGUGGUGGUGGUGGUGAUGAUGGCGGCGGCUGUGGAGCGAGGAGGCGUUCGGGCUGCUUUCCUGAACCCGGGCAGCGGCAGCGGCGGACCUGCACCGACGAUGCCCCCGACCGGAUCGCUGGCCGGGGCUGUGGUUCUCGGCUCUGGAUCCAGCAGUAUCCCCGUGCCCAUGAACCUCUUUGCGACCUGGGAGAUUGACCGAUCAUCUCCAAGCUGCGUUCCGAGGCUGUGCAGUCUGACACUGAAGAAGCUGGUCGUCCUCAAAGAACUGGAUAAGGAGCUGAACUCGCUUUCGAUAGCCGUCAAAAUCCAGGGCUCGAAGCGUCUUCUGAGAUCAAACGAGUACGUCCUCCCUCCCAGCGGACUGAUGGAGACCGACCUGGAGCUCACCUUCUCACUACAGUACCCACACUUUCUAAAGAGGGACGCCAACAGACUGCAAAUCAUGCUGCAGAGACGGAAGCGUUACAAAAAUCGAACCAUCCUGGGCUACAAAACGUUGGCUGUGGGAGUCAUCAAUAUGGCUGAGGUGAUGCAACACCCAACAGACGGGGGACAGAUUCUGGGUCUCCAUAGCAACGUGAAGGAGGCCCCGGUGCGUGUGGCAGAGAUCAGCGUGUACUCUCUGUCCAGCCAGCCCAUCGACCACGAGGACAGCAGCGGGCAGGCUUGCCGCAAGACCAAAACCUCAGACCGCUCCCCUGACAUGGAUAAUUAUUCAGAGGACGAUGAUGACAGCUACUCGUCGGAGCAGGAGGCCAGUGAUGACGCAGUUAAUGCCCAGGAUAUUUAUGAUGAAGAUGAUGAAGUCCGGAAACCCAAGAAACCCCGCAGGAAAAUGAUCAGAACCACCUCCAUGACCAGGCAACCUAACUUUAAGCAGAAAUUUGUUGCUCUGCUGAAGAGGUUCAAGGUUACUGACGAGGUGCUAGACUCUGACCCAGUAGAUCAGACCCAGGAGGUUGAGGAGGAUCUGGAUUUGCUCUACGACAGUCUGGAGGUGUACAACCAGAGCGACAGCGGGCCAGAGAUGGAGGACAAUGAGAGUGUACUGAGCACUCCAAAGCCUAAACUCAAGCCGUUCUUUGAAGGAAUGUCUCACUCCAGCUCCCAGACGGAGAUCGGAAGCAUACACAGCCAAAAAAGUCAGCAGAGAGAAUUAUCCUGUCCUAGCGGAGACUUUCUGACUGUGGACAGAUGUAAAGUCCAGGGGAGCCGAUAUCAAGAUGACAGCAUCACAGAAACGUCUGUUGGGGUCCAGGAGCCAGAGUCGGAAAACAGUGGAUCUGGAGUUGGGGAGGCUAAUAGCUGGGAUGUCAACACAGAACGGAUCCCAAGCACCGUCGGCAAGCUCUGCAAAACGGAGUCACAAAACCACAUGUCACCCAGUAAAGUGGAGAACAGGCUGCAGAGGCGUCCUCGCAGCACCUCCAUGAAAGAUAGGCAGAACUCCAAGGCUCAGAGCGACAGGACCAGCAGCAUGGAGAGCGAGUGUUCCCCAGACUCCCGGCUAAUAGCGCAGGUUCCCAGGAAGUCUGUGUACGACCAGCUAAACCAGAUCCUCAUCUCAGACGAACGCUUGCCAGAGAGCAUCAUUCUCAUAAAUACUACAGAGUGGCAAGGACAGUACGUAGCCGACCUGCUCAAUGAACAGGGCCAGCCCAUUGUCUCCACGUGCUCUGCUGCUGAUGUGCAGGCUGCCUUCAAUACCAUCGUUACACGCAUCCAGAGAUUCUGCAACUGCAAUGCUCAGACACCACCGACAAUUAAAGUGGCCGUUGCAGGCGACCAGAGUUACCUCAGCACCGUCCUGAGGUUCUUCGUGGAGCAGCUCGCCAAUAAAACCCCAGACUGGCUCAGUUACAUACGCUUCCUCGUUAUUCCCAUCGGUUCCCAUCCCCUGGCGAAGUAUGUGGCCUCCUUCGAUAGCCGCUUCAACAACAUCUUCAUGGACACGGCUUGGAGGGAGCUGUUCUGCAGGACGGAACGGCCCACGUCAGACAACAUGGAUGUAGCAGGACGAAUUAUUCAGUAUCUAGCCGGUGCCAACGUGUCCCACCAGUUCCCCAUCUCAGAAGCCAUGCUCACCUACAAACAGAAGAGGAAAAGAAGUCUGUAUUUUGAUUUUUAUAUCAGCCCGGACGAGGAUUCCUGUCAGAAGUUUGUGCCAUUUAUUGGGGUUGUCAAAGUUGGAAUAGUGGAGCAAAGUCUUUCGACCUCAAUGGAUUCUGAUGAUGCGAUGGGAGGCAAUACCAGCAUCCUGUCUUCCCCACCGCCCCCAUCGGCUGGCCCGUAUGGGAAGGAGAUUGGGAGUACCCCACCGCAGUCUCCCUCUGUGUCCACUGCCCUGUCAGGAGCCGGCUCUCCGUGUUCAGGCAGUGAGGUUAUGGGGCUCCAGGUGGACUACUGGACCUGGCAAGGCUCGGAGAAGAAGAAAGAGGGCGAGAAGAGGGACGUGGGAUUGAAGAACACUCUCAAGUGCAACUUCCGGUCGCUACAAGUCAGCCGCCUGCCCUGCGGAGGGGAACUCACUCCUCCACCCAGCAUGGCCAUGACUGUGGUCACCAAGGAAAAGAACAAGAAAGUGAUUUUCCUUAGCAAGAAGCCCAAGGAGAAAGAGCUGGACUCUAAGAGCCAAGUGAUCGAUGGUAUUAGCAGGUUGAUCUGCACAGCCAAGCACCAACACACAAUGCUGAGAGUCAACAUUGAUGGCGUGGAGUGGAACGAUGUGAAGUUUUUCCAGCUUGCUGCCCAGUGGCCAACGCAUGUCAAGCACUUCCCGGUGGGAAUCUUUGGUUACACAAAGCCGGUGUGACCCCGCCCGGUCACCGUCCGGUCAAGUACCAGACUCUCAGCUGCACUUGUCUUACCCAGAGGGCAAAGAGAAUGAUAUACAAACCCAACAGGGCCCCCGGAAGUAAAAAGUAAAAGUUUUCCUGUGGAAAUCUUACAGACUUAAGACCACGUGUUCAGUAUACUACAAUUCAUGUCGUUUGUUUGAUGUUUUUGAUGUUGUUGGGUGUUGCUGUUUUGGUUUUUUUGUUUUCUUUCCUUUUUUACACACUACAAAAAGAACAAUUUUGUAAGAUUUGUGGAUAUUUUGAGGUUUUUGACAAUUUGCCACAUUUCAGUAAUGGCAGCUGUGUUUGCACUUUGAGUUUUGUUAAGCAUUUUAUUAUUUCUGUGAAAUCCUACAUUUAUUGUUACUCUAUAGACAAUGGAGGAGUGUGAUGGUGACGUGCAGUGGCGUGUGUGAGAUUGUUACAGACCGUGUUUGUGUUUGCUGUUGAAAGUUGGAAUAUUGCUGUGAAUCUAGAUGGAAUCCUUCUCUUCUAACUCGGCUUUCUUACUCGUCCCUUUAAUUUUUUGAAAAUCUUUUGUAGGAAGGAGUGCAAAGUUCUUGUUGCCUUGUUGCUUUGAAGCACACUAAAGCAAAUCAAGACAAAAAAAGACAUUGGACAUGAAUGUAGCUCUGUUAUAUUUGUUAACUGUCGGCAUUGGUGAGUGCAUUCAGACUGUACAGUAACAACCACUUAGAAGGAGGGUAAACAAAAUGUUAUUUCAACCCUGAACAGCUAAACACCAAAUUUAGUUGCAGCUGAACGACUCGUCUUGUAGUUUCCAGACAGGAGUUUCAAUUUAGCUUUCUCUGGCACAUUUCAGGAUGCAAAAGCAUUUAUCUAGUAAUCAUAACCACCCUGCUGCAUUCGACUAGAUUUACUAAGUUAACCUGAAGUACUUUAGCUAAUGCUGGACUGUGCAGUGAUGUGCCAAAGUUGGUUUUUACGGACUGUUCACAAGAGAUCUUUCUUUAGCCAAAAUUCAGAUUGUGUGAUACUCAAAACUGAAACUGUGCAUUUAAUGCGUCUGUGGUCCCUGUGGAGAUCAGUAUUAAUAUUACUGAAUUACUAAUUUAGACUUAUAUAAGUGUUAACACUCCAUAUUUGGUCAAAUGUCAACUUAGAUGAGUGCAUGUCCUAACCUAGCAGUUACAGUUGUGUUUUUGAGUACAGCUCCACCGUGGCUGGUCGGAGAAAAACUGCAAAGAUCUGGGGUUUAGUGUUGCGCGAGGGAGAGUUAUACAGUGCCAAGUAUUCGUACCUCUGACUUUUUCGCAUUAUGCUACAUUGCAACCACAAACUUCAAUGUAUUUUAAUGGAAGCCGCCCCAGAUUCCUUUGCUUUUAGCUAUUUGAUAAGAUCUAUUUCCUGGGUACAGUAGCUACGGUAAAUAAAUUGGGUUGUCUUGCUGGAUUGUGACCCUCUACCACCUUUUAAUAGCUUGACCUUUACCAGCCUUCCUCUCCCUGUUGAAGAAAAGCCUUCCCAAAGUACAAUGCUGCUACCACCAGGUGUCAUAAUGGGGAUGAUGUGCUCACAGUAAGCCAAAACGGUGAUUUUGAACCUUCUUCUAUGUUUCCCACAUCCCCUUCUAGAGUGCUUUGUUGUGCACUCUUGCAGAAAUGUCAAAUUUCUGGAAUGCAUGAUGAAAUCUGAACAGAUUUUCCUACAUGAACUCCAGCUCGUCCAAUUACAUUGCAUUUUAUUUAGGGAUGUUUGAAUACAAAGAAAUACCAUAUCUCUCACAUAGAUGCACUGAAGUUUGUAGCUGCAACGUGGCAAAAAUGUGAUUAAGUUCAUGUGAAGCACUGUAAAUAAGAGUUAGCUUUUCUGACUUGAACAAUGCUUUGACUGUAGUUUUGAGCGCUGUGCAAAUGUUCAGUUGCUUUUUAAAGUUAUGAUAAUCCUACAGAGUUUGGUCAGAUGUCCAAGUCCACUGCCUAUGUGUCUGCAUUGGUGUGCUACAGCAUUCGAUGGUACUCCCUGAAUAGCGUUAUGUGAAAACUUUCGCAAUAGGAAAACCUUUCUUUGGACAAAGGGCCUUCUGUUUGAGUUUGCUUUUUAUAAAGUGAAGACUUUAAAGCUUUGGUAGGACGGCUUUUUUUUUAAUUAGUGUAUAUAGAUAUUUACAGGAUAUGCUAUUGUGAAUCACAAACCAUCCCCCACCACUAAAUUGAAAGCACAAAUAGUGAACUUUUACUUCUUGACAUGAAUGCCAAAUACAUUUCCAGAACUCCUAACUAUGAAGUCGACAAUGCAAACACUGUUGUGUUAUUUCUCAUACAUUUCCCUCACUUUGUAAUGCACUUUCAUGUGGUUUUAUACGCAUAGUAACUCUAAUUAGGACACACUUUAAAGUGUUUCAGAUGUUAUAUUUGAAAUGGAAACCACUACCUAUAUGUAUAGUCAAAAGAAGUUUUCUUUGUGUUGAUAGGCUAAAGUUCCCUGAUGUUUUGCCACUUAAGUUUACCACCCCAUGGAUCCCCGGUCGUCUGUCUCUCCCUGUAACCUGCUUAUUGAAGGAGUCGGUAUCGACUCUGGGUCAGAAAUCCAGACACUUCCUCACAGUUUUGCUGUUUUGUUUUUUUAACCCCUCCAGGGGGUCUUUUUGUGGGCUCUAGAGUCCCUUUUCAUGAAGUAGGCUGACAGGAAAGGGGGAAGGAAAG